AUGGCUUACUUGUCUUUGCAAGUGAGCACAAGGCCGGGAGCGCGGCGCAGGAGGCCCACAUCCCCACCAGAGGGCGCCGAGUGCUCUGCGCCUGUGAGCUUGGCGGGGGUGGAGGGAGCUCUUCCUUUCCACAACUGCAGUCAGGGAGGAAGAGGCGGGGACACCGGCGACGUCAAGGAGAGUGCGGUGCAGUCGGCUUCCUCUUGGGAGGAAAAUCAACGCAGGCGCAGCACCCAGGCCAGCUACUUGUCCCCCAAAGGCUAUGCCCCUUCACCUCCACCUCCCUAUCCUGUGACUCCCGGAUACCCUGAGCUGGGGCUGCAUCCUGGGCCCGCGCAGGCGCCGGUACCCGCCCAGGUGCCCAGCCCUGCUCCUGGCUUCGCUCUCUUCCCCUCGCCCGGCCCCGUGGCCCCAGGGCCUGCUGCCCCCUUCUUGCCACUGCCAGGAGUGCCCUCUGGCCUUGAAUUCUUGGUGCAGAUUGACCAGAUCUUGAUUCACCAGAAGGUUGAGCGAGUAGAAGCGCUCCUAGGCUGGGAAGCCAGUAACCGGUAUGAACUACGCUCAGGCACUGGACAGUCCCUGGGCCAAGCGGCUGAGGAGAGCAACUGCUGCGCCCGCCUGUGCUGUGGCGCACGCCGGCCAUUGCGUGUCCGCCUGGUGGACUCCGGGGACCGCGAAGUGCUGCGCCUACUCCGCCCUCUCCACUGUGGCUGCAGCUGCUGCCCUUGUGGCCUCCAGGAGAUGGAAGUACAGGCUCCACCUGGCACCACCAUUGGGCACGUACUACAGACCUGGCAUCCCUUCCUCCCCAAGUUCUCCAUCCAGGAUGCUGAUCGCCAGACUGUCCUGCGAGUAGUGGGACCUUGCUGGACCUGUGGCUGUGGCACAGAUACUAACUUUGAGGUGAAAACCCUGGAUGAGUCCCGCAGCGUGGGCCGCAUCAGCAAGCAGUGGGGGGGCCUGGUCCGAGAAGCCCUCACGGAUGCUGAUGACUUUGGCCUACAGUUCCCGAUGGAUCUGGAUGUGAAGGUGAAGGCUGUACUACUAGGAGCCACGUUCCUCAUUGACUACAUGUUCUACGAGAAACGAGGCGGUGCUGGGCCUUCAGCCAUCACCCGCUAG